GGGUUUGCGGGACCUGGGCUGUGGGGCAGCGAGGGCUCCCGGAGCGGGUUCUCCGAGUUGAGGCAUCGGCGAAGCCGGUUGCCCCCGACUGGAGCUGCAGCCAUGGGAAACACCACCAGCGAGCGGGUGUCUGGGGAGCGCCACGGUGCCAAGGCUGCUCGAGCUGAGGGCGGCGGCCAUGGCCCGGGAAAGGAGCACAAGAUCAUGGUGGGGAGCACCGACGACCCCAGCGUCUUCAGCCUGCCCGACUCCAAGCUCCCCGGGGACAAAGAGUUUGUACCCUGGCAGCAGGAUUUGGAUGAUUCUGUGAAGCCCACCCAGCAGGCCCGGCCCACGGUUAUCCGCUGGUCUGAAGGAGGCAAGGAGGUCUUCAUCUCUGGGUCCUUCAAUAAUUGGAGCACCAAGAUCCCUCUGAUUAAGAGUCAUAAUGACUUUGUGGCCAUCCUGGAUCUUCCGGAGGGAGAGCACCAGUACAAGUUCUUUGUGGAUGGACAGUGGGUUCAUGAUCCAUCAGAGCCUGUGGUUACCAGUCAGCUUGGCACAAUUAAUAAUUUGAUCCAUGUCAAGAAAUCUGAUUUUGAAGUAUUCGAUGCUUUAAAGUUAGACUCUAUGGAGAGCUCUGAGACACCAUGUCGAGACCUGUCCAGCUCACCCCCAGGGCCUUAUGGUCAAGAAAUGUAUGUGUUUCGAUCUGAGGAAAGAUUCAAAUCUCCACCCAUCCUGCCCCCUCACCUACUCCAAGUUAUUCUUAACAAGGACACUAAUAUUUCUUGUGACCCAGCCUUACUUCCCGAGCCCAAUCAUGUUAUGCUGAACCAUCUCUAUGCACUGUCCAUUAAGGACAGUGUGAUGGUCCUUAGCGCAACCCAUCGCUACAAGAAGAAGUAUGUCACCACGCUGCUGUAUAAGCCCAUCUGAAGAAGACAUCACUCCUUGCCUCCAAGGAUUCUGGAGAAGCAUCUCCCUUGCCUUUGAACUGAGCUGGCCUCCUCUGAGACUGGCAGGCUGAUUUGUUUUGAGGCUAUGUGUGUGUCAGAGCCUCUGAUAGGGUGCUCUGCUUUGCAUUUGAUUGCAGAUGAGAGCUUUAUGAGUUCAUGGAGUUUAUUUUAAGAAACACAAAACCAUAUAUAUGCAUAUGAGAGGAAGGUUACUGGGAGCCGCCUGGCCCAGCUGUACACGUUCUCUCUGCCUGUGGGUAGUCGCCAGGGCCUGACUGGGAAGCUGUGGCUGCAGGAAUGGGUAUACCGGAAGCUUCUUUUUCUAAAGUGAAAGAAUAGCAAACUCUUAGGAUCCUUGUUGGGCAGAGGUUCUGGACCACUGGUGUCCAAGGGUCAGCUGUGUGCCAGGCUGCUGCCCUACUUAGUGCUGCCCCACUUCAGGGUGGCUUUCCUUGCAUGGAUUGAUUCUGUAUUCCCACACUAUGUGACACAAUCUGCUGUGUUUUUACAUGACACUAGAUGCCCCACAAGAACCCUCCUCACUUUACGUACAUUUAAUAGCAUCCCUCAGAUCUCAUACAUGACCCAUAAUGCAAAACUCACUGGGUGAGAAACCCUUUUGAAAAGUUUGUGGGAUUAGACUCACCUUAGAGACUGGAGGUACCAAGGUCUCCUUUUUAGCUCAGCGAAGGCCUAACCCAGUGUGUUACAGUUUAUUUUAACAUCUAGAAAAAAGAAAUGCAGAUCUUUGUGUUUCAGUGUGGUCCUGUAUUUUGACUGCAUGGGCCUGUUUCCGGUUUUUCUUUAUCAGAGCAGUCUGUAGAUGGACUUGGAAUUAGGGAAACCUUCCAUAUCUUUCAUCCCUGAAAGAUUCUUUUAUGUGCCUAUAUUUUUUUUUAAUUAAAAAAAAAGCAUAUCCAUCUGUUUUAACAGGCUAUUAAAGAACCUCAGGCUUUUGACAAAUGGUUCUUAAGAUUUCCUUCUCUAGUCUAGGCAAGUCUACAGUCUUGGGUUAAUAUGGCCAGCCAUGUGUACCUCGCUACCCAAGCACAGCUCUAGACACAAGUUUAUGCAGGCUCGUUGGAUGCUCAUGCUAGAUUUCCCUACCUUUAAAGAUGUGUAAGGCAAGGAACUACCCCCGGUAUUCAUAACCAUGCACAGUAUUGCUCUUUGCACCAAAUAUUAACCAAGUAUUUUUUUUUUCUUUUGCCUCUUCCUUUUAAAUGUGUUUGAUGAUCGAGUGGGGUCACUGUUAACCACUGACUGAAAAGUAUUCCAGCCUACUCAGGAUUCAAAGAAAAUAUUUUUCCAAGUAUCUUGACACUUCCAUUUUACAGAUAAAUGCAAGUCAAACAUAAGCACUGUUUAUGAUUGAGAGACUUCUCAUCUCCUGAGAUGAGCCAGCCACAUUGAAAGGGACCUACUGGUCAGUUCAGCUACCUCCUGGCUUUCCCACCUAUUGGUGGCACAGCAGUCCUCUGCACACCUUUGAGACCUCUGAUCACAAGCGUGACUAGGAAGAUGGGGGUGUUUCACAGGGAAUACAGAUUGGUCAAUGCCUUGAUAGAUGAGUCCCGGGACUACAUGCCGCUUCAGCCAUCCAAGCUGCCUCCUUCACCUGAGACUUGUGGAGAACCCUUGUGCUCCAGUCAGUUUUCUGAAUAGUGUGCCAUUUUGAAACUUGGUUCUUAAUCAACUCUAAGACUCUUCAGUUACACUGGAAGGUUUUAUUUAUUUAUUUUCUGCUUUUCCUCAGUGCUGAUUUAGAAGUUGGCCACCUAGGAGGAUUCAAAGUCUUGAUUGUUUCACAGUGGGAAUGUUUAUCUGCACUUCCUGUUAACAGUGUGAACUGGGAUCACCUGUGUUUGUGUAUUAAGUUUUUACUCCACACAGUUGUAGCACUAGAGGAUGGGGAAAGCUGACUUCAGUCUCUCAGGCUGCUGCUUCUCAGUCAGGUGAGGCUGUGGUGGUAGAGGGGUUGGUGCCAAUGACCUUCACAUCCUCCUCAUCUGGACGUGAAGGAGACAGUUAGGAGGGCUGGCUGAUGACUUGCCAGCACUGGCCCUGUCCUGGCCCCUGACCCUGGGGAGCUCUGCCCCUGUCACCAGGAAACACAUGUGAAGGGACAGAGGAAGGUAAGGCUUUUCUCUUACUUUAAGAGAGAGUUUGUUUUCUACAGUAGAAAGUUGGGCAGAAUUCAGAAAUAAAUCAAGGCAAAACUAUUUUUUUUUCUUUCCCUGCCUAUGGGAAUUUUGCUGGGUCAGUUGGCAGAGUAAGACAGCACUUAAGGAGGGCUAACAUGGAAACACUGGUAGUGUAAUCAGUGGCUAUGAGGGAAGGAAAGCCGUGAGGAGCCAAAGGGUGAGAGCAGGAACCUGAAGGUUCAGGACCCCUUCAAGAGUUCAAGCAGACACAACCUGGAUGCUUGGAUUUUAUUGUACAAACAAGUUAGCCCAGAAACUGUCUUCUUCGUCCUGUUGCCCUAUUCUCUACCUUUCUUCUGCAUUGUUUGACUUCGCUUAUCAGUAAGACAGGUUCACCAGGGUCUCAAGGCAAAUGUGACCUAGACAGUGUGAAGGGCUUUUGCGCCAUGGUUAUUAGCUUCCUGUCAACCUAGACCUGAGUAGGAUUUAGCCAAUGUAGGCCACACCUCUGAACGGCACAGCUGACUUCUUCAAGAGCCCUGGCCUCCGGGUCUGGAGAACAAAGAAUCCUGUUUCUGAGAGGAGCCUUGACCCACCCGUCCCUGUUGGUUCUGAGAGGAGCCUUGACCCACCCGUCCCUGUUGGUUUUGGUUUCUUGUAGAUCUAACGGAUCUUAUGUAAACCUUUUGAGAAGUGUCACUAUUGCGUGCAUGCUGCUAUAGUGAUGUGACGUGAAAGUGGGGAACAGGGCUUUUAAAUGCUUGACCUCAAAACAAUAUGCAAUAGUCCCUGUAUGUGUGUAUGUGUAUGUGCACAUGCACAUGUGUGUAUGUGAUAUUCACUCUGUUCUCAGAGAUACUUUGUCCUCAUAUUCUUGUGAUUUGGGGCUUAAGAGCAGAUAAAUAUUUUGUUCGUGUGUUAUAACUGAUCCUCGAAGCCAAGUUGUUGCUGACUACUGUCGGCUGCAGACUCCAGUUACUCAUGAAUUGGAGACUUGGAAGAAGUAAGGACUUUGGGUCUAGGCAUUUGUCUGUCUUUAAGUGACAGUCACAACUGGAGAUUGAAGGACUGAUUUCUGCAGUGAACAUAAGUGUUUGGAGUAAAAAAGCCAAUUAUUUUUUCCAAUUAUAGGAAAGAAAAAAAAAAAACCACAAGUCUCUUGUAGGAUUCACUGACUCUAGAAUUUGAAACUGGAUCUGUCUCAGCUUGUGCUGCUUCUUACCAGUCCUUUGAAGUAGCAAGAAUCAUUCAAAAUAAAAAUAGUACUUCCAACAUUAGGUGAGGUUGAUUUGAAUUAAGUGUGGUACAGAACUUUUGCAGUAAGUUUGAUGUGAAAUACUAAAUAUUAGGGAUUUGUAGGUUUCUAAUUACAUACUCAAGGGUCACCUACAGUAAGUGUUGUAGCAGGUGUUGGCCAUGUUGGGUUCCUCUCUGUAGAGCACCUUCCUCAGCUUUUUAGGACAGUCGGACAUCAGUGUCAAUUUGUCCUAAAUUCUGUGCUGGGUGGCACAUAUGAGACAUAUUUGAAUUAGCAGGUGUUGGUUGUUUACACUGUAGCACUUUGAGUUUAUCAUAAAGCAGGGGGUGACCUAAUUUGAAGGCAGUUAAGUAAGUGUGAGUCUCUUAAAUGGUGCUGUUUGUGAUUUUUGAUGCUCACAUGCAGAGCUGCUUCAGUGUUUCACAAACUGGACACAAGUCAAGACUUUAAAGCUUCUCUCCACGUGUGACUCACCACUGGGCUCUGCCUGAAAACUGUAUAACGUAACACACAAAAAUGUGGGUUUGUUUUUCCAUAAAACUGUUUAAUAAAAGUGUUAUACAGCAAUAA